AAAAAAAACGCUAAAUAAAGUUCGAUGUAAAAAAGUAUGAAAAUGAGAAGAAAUAAAAAGACAAUUCGGAAGGAUUUUCUUUAUCGGUAUUGAGAACGAAACUUAGGCAAAUGUUGGAGCAGUUAGGCUCUGGCAAGCGGAAAAGAGGUUGCGCAAAAAGAAGGCCGCUAACAGAGAAGGUACGCUUUCUAUAGCUGGGUUAAGCCCACCUCUGGGUAAGUAUGACGGCGAAGGAAAACAAAAAGCACGUCUAGUCGAUCGCAACAUAAACGCGAAGCAUUCCGGCGAGAGAAGAGAAACAAUACGAAGAAUAAAAAACAGAAUAUUGGAAGAAAGUGGGGACGCGGGAGGAGAAGAAUGCAACGACGACCUGUACGAAGGACACAAGGCUUCGACGACCCAGUGACAAGAUGCAGCCAGCCAACAUUCAUCACGUUCUUUUUGCCUUACUGAUAAUCGCUGUUACUACGUCAAUUGCUGGAAAACUGCAACCUGUCAAACCUCGCGUGGCACGAAGUCGCUCAAUGCUAAGACGGAUUGCCGUCCUUCGCGAGGAAAAAUCUAAAGUUUGCUACGAUUUAGUUGGUUGCUUCGCGGAUCCGCAACAUUUAUCGAUAAAACGACCGCCUGAACAUCCUAGUGUAAUUCAAACUAGAUUCUUUCUCUAUACACGUAUGAAUCGACAAAAUCCAGAGCCCUUACAGUACGGUGAUGAUUUGAGAUCCAUUAUACAUUCCCGAUUCAAUGUCACUAAGCAUCUCAAAGUGUUCAUACAUGGUUAUAAGGGCAGUGGGAAUGAUAUUGGCACCAUACUUAUCCUUAAUCUGCUUCUCGAUAUAGAUGACACAAACAUCGUCAUCUUGGAUUGGACGAAGGGAGCAGGAACGAGUUACGCAGCUGCAGUGGCAAAUAGCGAACUGGUCGGCCGACAAUUAGCUUUGAUUCUUUUAGACACCAUUAAUUUGGGAAUCAAUCCUAACGACAUCCAUGUGAUCGGUUUCAGUCUUGGCGCACAUGUGGCUGGCUGCGCCUCGGAAGUAUUAAAGAGAAAGAACCUGCUUUUAGGUCGCAUAACUGGUCUCGAUCCAGCAUCACCAUUCUUCAGGCGUCACCUGUUCCGAGAGAAGUCGAGGAAAUUGGAUGCCACUGACGCUCAUCUCGUCGAUGUCAUUCACACCGACGGUUCCCAAGAUUUCGCAGAUGGCUUUGGCCUACUUAAGCCGAUCGGACAUAUCGAUUUCUUUCCCAAUGGCGGCAAAGAGCAACCCGGUUGUACAGAUGUUAAGAAUUCGGUGGUAGUGAGCCAUUUAAAAGAAAAGUUAUUGGAUCGCGAUAUAGCUUGUAGCCAUUUAAGAGCUUGGCAGCUAUUUACAGAGAGCAUCCGCUCGCAGAAUGAAAAGUGUAAAUUCAUCGCAUGGCCCUGUCCACAAGGAGGUAUAUCUUAUGCAAAGGGAUUAUGUUUCCCUAUGCAAUCGACCAAUUGGAAUCAAGAAAUGGGUUACGCGGUUAAUCGUGAACCUCUGGGAAUCUAUUAUCUGUCAACCAGAGCCGAAACACCAUUUUGCGGCCAACCACUCAGAGCAUCAGUGAUGAUAUCGGAAGAUAUGCCGAAAACAUCUGGCAUAUUAUUUUUCAAAAUUUUCCUCGGUAAUAAUUCUACAACACUCUUUAAGAUACAAUGCACCUUGUCGAAACAAAGAAACGAACAAAUGAUAUUUUAUAAUAUUGCGGCGGCGGAAUUCGAUACUUUAUUUGAAGAUACUCCAACAAUCACCGGCAUCCUCUCAUAUCAACGCAAAGACAAUAAAACAGAGGGAGAUGAUACACAAAAUCCAGAGACAGACGUAAUACUUUUUAAUAAACUUGCCAUCGAAGAUCGUAAAGGCCAUAGGUGGGAAUAUUGCAGAACAAAUACCGCAAUCAAUGCGCACGAGAUGAACGAAAUAUUGUACGUAGAAUUGAAAAAUGGACACUGUACCUUGUAAUGCAAUUUUGAUGUGACAAUUUUUUAUUUGAAUAAACGAGGUAUUCGCAAAAA